UUGGCUGUGGUCCUAUGAGCGGCUACCAGCUGCAGUGCAUGUGUACUCUAUGCGUUGCGUUUGACUGAUCCCUGUGUGGGAUGCUACACUCUGUGGAGAGACAAUGAGCUGAUGGCGUGCUGAAAGGGAAAACGCUAAAAGGUUGAGGAAUUAAUUGAUUUAUGAACAGAAAAGGGUCUGUACUAACCUCUCUUUCUUGUCCCGUGGAGGAUUUUGUUCCAAAUCCCGCGCUGAAUGCGCGAAAUUAUUCCGGUCACGUCGCGCGCUGACAGCCGGCUGUCCAGGAGCUCCGGUGCUCCGUGCACGCGAGAGAUAGCGCAGCGCGCGGACAACUGCAGUAUAAUGUAGCGGGAAUUCCCCUCCUAAACCCGCGCAAGGAGAAUUUCAGAGAGCUGCAGACCACUCAAUCACCCUCAUCAGGGUCCCGUCACAGCCAAGAGAAAGGGAGAGGGCGGGAAAUGGGCUGGCGUGGCCAUUGCUAUGCGUGAGCGAGUUUCGCGGUGUCCAUGGAGACCGAGGGCUACAGCAACCUUCUGGAGACCAGCGAUGGGCAGGGGACGGGGCUUCUGGAGGGAGGGGACUCGCCGGGGGCUGAGGAGGGCUGGAGCCCCCCCUUACCCCUGGGCUUUCAGGUGUCCCUCACCAGUGUGCUGAUGCUGGAGCUGGUGCUGGGCUUCAGCAGCAACCUGACCGUGCUGGUGCUCUACUGCGCCCAGUCCAACCUGGUCGACUCGGUCAGCAACAUGGUCACGGUCAGCCUGCAUGUGCUGGACAUCAUGGUGUGUGUGCUGUGUCUGCCACUGACUGUGGCGGUCAUCCUGCUCCCAGCAGACGGUAGUGGCGGGGGCAGCCUGGCUACGCUGUGCUGCUUCCAUGAGGCCUGCGUCACCUUCACCAGUGUGGCCACGGCCAUUAACGUGCUGGUCAUCAGCCUGGACCGCUACGACAUCUCCGUCCGGCCGGCCACGCGGCUGUUGACCCCGCGGCGCGCUGCACUCCUCUUGGCCGCAGUCUGGGCCAUGUCAUUAGCCGUCUUCUUCCUGCCCUUCCUGGAGGGGGACUUCUUCUUCUCGGGGGUGGAGGUGGAGGACAGCGAGGGAGGAAGAGGAGGGGGGGAGAUGAACAUGGGGGAUCUGACCUCUGACCCUGAGACCCCCACUGGGCUAAACCCCACUGGGCUGACCCUCACCCCCUCCACCCCCUCCUCCCCCUCUACUCCCUACUAUUCCCACCACCUGCCGCCAGUGUGGCAGAACCGGACACUGCUGUGUGUAGGGGGGCAGGGCUACCACACGGGGCUGGCCAUGUACUACCACCUUCUGCUGCAAGUGCCCUGCUUCUUCAUCGCCGUGGUCGUCAUGCUGUUCACAUACUCCCGCAUCCUGCAGGCCCUCAACAUCCGCAUCGGCACCCACAUCAAGAGGGGCCCACGGGCCUCCAAUAAGGACUCAGGCUGCAGGAUCCGCAGGCGGAGACGAAGGAGGAAGGGGCUGAGUCUGGCCACAGAGGGGGGAGCGACCCCUGCCCCCCAGGUCCCUACCUCCACCGACGCCAUUUCCCCCCCGCCGGCGGCGGCAGACCGUCCAGGUGUCCAGGCCUCUGUUUCGGCCAUCAUCGCCUUGAGGCGGGCCGUGAGGCGUCACCGGGACCGGCGAGAACGCCAGCGGAGAGUCUUCAAGAUGUCCCUUAUCAUAAUCUCCACCUUCCUGGGCUGCUGGGCUCCUCUGUCCAUGGUCAAUGUGUUGAUCCUGUGCCUGGGCCCCAGUGACAGCCUGGUACGUGUGAGGCUCUGCUUCCUGGCCAUGGCCUAUGGCACCACCAUCUUCCACCCGCUGCUCUAUGCCUUCACCAGGCAGAAGCUGCGUAAAGCGCUGAAGACCCGUGUCAAGAAGAGGGUGGUGUCCCUGCUGCAGGUGGACCCGGCACCCAGUGGGGGAACUGUUAUUCAUAACUCCUGGGUGGAGGGGGGAGGACAGAGGAAGGGACGCAAGCCUCGACUGGAGGGCAGUGACGCCACCAGUAACUGUCUGACAGUGGCUGUGAGAGAAUGAGAGGGCGUGUGGCUGUGUGUGUGUGUGUGUGUGUAUGUCUGUCUGUGUCUGUGUGUGUCUGUGUCUGUGUCUGUGUGUGUCUUAGUUACUUUAGAUACAUUCCAGUACAGGUAAACAACUAAAAUCCACACAAUCCACACAUGCAUGCACAUUGAUCAACCUGUAGAGCAAGUAAGCACACAAUAUCUACCUGCACACAGAUCUCAGUGAGAGUCAAUAUCCAGUGACAUUUUAUAAUUUGAUUGGUCAUGCCUUAAUUCAGUUCCUAAUUGAUUCCCAUGGCUCUGAAUGUUUUACUGUAUGUGUAUUGUGUUUACAAGAAUGUAGUGUGUGUGUGUAUGUGUGUGUGUGUGUGUGUGUCUGUGUGUGUGCGCAUGCGUGUGUGUGUAUGUGUGAUCAUGUGCAAUAAAGCACAGUCAGUAGUGGCUGAGCCUCCCCAGAUAGGAAAAAGAGAGAGGGUUUACUCUGGCCAGAAUUUGUUCACGAAAAUAAGACCAUGAAGGGAGGAAUUUUUGUAUUGAGGUCAAUGAGAGAGUGUCGAAUUUGGUCAACAAAAAAUGUAAUUGCUAAUUUGCUACAUGAGGCUUAUUUGAUCAAAUUAAAGUUUCGUAAUGGUUAGGUUGUUACGAAUAUAAGUGGACGCACGUGGCAUUUUGGCACAUGAGAGCGGUCACUCAACUAUCUUUUCAAUAUAAUAGAUCAUCUUCGGCCUCCCUGAGGAUGUGAACAAAGCAUUGUGGGAUUGUUCUCAUGCUUGAUCUCAUGGGCUAGACUACAGAAGAGGGAGGGACACCUGUUGAUUGACUGCAGUGCCCUGUUGCCAUGGCGAUAUGGGUGGAGCACCUGACGUAAUACCUGCGAAGAUAACCACCAAACCAUGUAGAACUGUAACUAUGUGAAUAUAACAUGGUGUUGAUUUACUAGUGAAACAUCACUUCAAUUUUAUAGAGGACUUUUAGGAAUCAAAGGGCAAUAUUUGGUAACCCCCACAACUGUUUAUCAAUGGGACAAGUCAACAGAGUGGAACACCACUGUGAACCACACCAGGCCCCAAAGUUAGACAGGUCCUGGAGCAGCUCUUGGGGGUUGUUUUCUAUCUAUGUCUCCCUCCUCCUCAGGGCUUUAUAUCAAUCUCCCUCUGAAGCAUGUUGAACAUCAGUUACACCCCUGCACCAGCCCUCAUUCAGUUAUUGUGAUAGGUAUUAGCUUAGUUAUAGCCAUGAAGCAGGUAGGCUACAUAUGAUCAACAGUUUGGGGAGACAAUGUAUGGCUCUCAAGUGUGAAGGAGCUUUUUGAGGCUUGUUUGUUGGGUACUAUAAUGUAGGUCAUUUGUCUCUCCCCCUGUUCCCUCUUUCUUCACUUUGGAGCCAGACGGAAGGAAUGGAUUCCUGUGUAUUUAUAUAUAUGUUCAUGAUCAGGGAUGUAAAUACUCUAAUAUCUAGCUCUUAGGGGUUUGAGUGGAAGGAGUGUUUUGGGUUGCAGCAGUCAUCUGUUGGGCAAAAUAUCAGCCGUGGUACGUGAGAGGGUGAGAAGACACAUGGAAGAGAUCAAACAUCUAAAUGUAUUUGUGUUUCUGUAUAUGCGUGCUGUACAUUUAUGGUCAUGUAUAUAGAGAGAUGAUAGUAUUGUAUAUUAUUUAUAUUGCGUUAUUGUAUUGUAUUUCUUAUUAGAA